UUGCACGACGAUAUGUCGUUGUUUUCAGAGAUCGUCAAGCUUCUAGGAUCUGUGCGGUAGGCGUCCUCGAGACGUUUCGUUUAGCUCAAAGUCGUGGAGAGAUCAUUGUUGGAAUCUGGGCCAUGCAAAGCUCCAGGGAUGAUCACGCAAAGACGAGCACCUCCUUCGAUCAGGUAUGUUUGAGUCGCUCGCUUCCUUCAUUGACACGUGGCCGAGGAAGGCAGGUGGUCUUUCCAGGAAUAAAUAGAGCUGGAAAGCGAGCUCGAGCAACCUCUCGAGGGCGAGAGGUAAGUAUGAGGUCGCUACAACUUGAGGCCCUGCCACGACUCGAGGGCCACAAAGAACCUCUGCCAACCGAAGUAGACCCCCUCUAUGAUGAGAGCAGUCAGGUCCCUGGGCUUGUGGUCAUCCUUGCGAGCACUCUCGAAGCACUUGAGGUAGACAUCCCGGUCUACAAACUCGUGCUGGCGGCCAGCGCCAGCAGCAAACAAGACAUUGGGGAACACAGCCACGCUGCGAAGCAAGUAGCAGGCCAGCAUCAUCCUCCCGCAUCGCCCAUUCCCAUCCACAAACGCAUGGAUGCACUCAAACUUGUAGAAGAAGUCCGAGGCCAGCACCAGGAGCUGCUCCACCGUCUUGCAGCUCCUUGUCGUUGCCUCCUCCUCAAAGAGCCGCUCCACAUCCGCAUUAGUCUUGCUCACCAACUUGGACAACUUGGGCCGGAUUGCCCAGGCAUCCGCGUAGAAGUGCUGCCUUCUGCUGCUCGUGAUUGUCAUUGCAACCUCACUGCCGGAAUGAAACAAGCCUGCGAUCUCUGGCCUGCUCGGCUCCAUAAGAAGCUCGUGUGACUGCCUGAGCUUGUAGUU